CGUCUGUCAAUUACAUAUGUUUAGAAAACGUUGGAAAAAAUAAUUAAAAAAAAAAGAAAAAGGCAAAUAAGGUCACCACUCAUGGAAAGGCCUUAAGUUAAUAUGCAUUAGGUAACUAACGAUAUUUAAAUUCCCAGUGUUUCAACCAACAUUUCAAAUACUAUCUGACCUUCUUCCCGUUUAAACGGGAAAUGAAAUGGAUAGUUCCUUGGAAAAAUCUUCUGACUAAGGAGAGCAGUGGCAUCUUUAUCUUACUUGACCUAGAACCGCCACUAAGGCAGAACCUUAAAAAGCAGCUUUAUAAUUGGAUUAAGUCAUUUCAAAGGAGUAUGUUUAAUUCUUAUGAAGAAGAGUAUUCUGGGAUCCCUCGACAAAAUUGUUAUUUUUAUGGAAAUCAUUUUUAUGGCUGGAAAUCUAGAAGCGAAGAAAAUUUAUAUGUGAGUUCAUCAUUUAACCAAUUCGGAUUACCGCCAUCUCAGUAUUUUCACAAUGAAUCUCAAGGAUUGAUGCAGGUUAAUAACAGUUCAAUCGACUUGCCAUUGGAACCAUCUAGCCCUUAUUACCUUGACAUUCCUUUGACACCUUUGAUACCUGCACCCUCUAAUGUAAAUCAAGGAAUCUUCUUUUCAAAUGGUAAUAUGGGCCCAAUAGUACCUGACCUCCGAAGACAAAAUCAUUGCUAUUAUAUGAGACGAACUAUCUCUAAAAGCCGAAAUGAAAUAUCUACAGUCCUAAAUGUUCAAUCUAAGAGGCGCUGGGAGAACGUAAAAGCAAUAACAUCUUCAGAUAAACCACAUUUUGACUUUUCAUUGAUGUCAUACAAUAUGCUGGCACAAAAACUUCUAGAAGAUCAUGAGUAUUUAUAUAAAAAGCACAAUCGCAACUGCAAAAAGUGGGAAACUAGAUGGCUUAACCUGUUUAACGAAAUUAAAACUUUAAAUCCGGACAUUUUAUGCCUGCAAGAAGUUCAACAGUCACAUUUAAACACCCAUUACAGAAAAAUGGGUGAAAUAGGUUACAAAGAACUUUAUAAAAAACGAACUGGGGUUAGAUGUGAUGGAUGUGCCGUAUAUUAUAGGGCUAAUAAAUUAACGUUACUUGAAUAUGAGACAGUGGAGUUCUACCAGCCAAAUAUAUCUGUUUUAGAUCGGGAUAAUAUAGCUAUUAUCGCAAAAUUUUGCCCCAAAGAUAAUCCAAAUAAGCCCUUUAUAGUUGUAACUACACAUUUGCUAUACAAUCCAAAAAGACAAGACGUCAGAUUAGCCCAGAUGCAGCUUUUAUUGGCCGAAGUUGAAAGAUUGAGUUUCCGUUGGAAUUCAAAAGGAAAAGAACGGUAUUGGCCAAUUAUAUUAACGGGCGAUUUUAAUUCUACUCCUGAUUCUGCCGUCUAUGAAUUUAUUACCAAAGGAAUUUUAAAAUUUGACCAUUUAGAAGCGAGGAAAUUACAGAAAGUACAAAGUCCAGCGCAUGGAAAGGUGUUAGUUCCUACGGACCUUCAAAUAACGGAUGAAUGUCAACACGAACGUCUGAUAGAAAAAAGAGCCACGAAAAAAGAUAUAAGCAGACUCGAAGAAUAUGCUCUUAUAAGUAUCCGUAACACUGAUAAAAAAUUGCCACAAGGUUCGGACUCUGUGAUUCCAAAAGAAGUUAAAAAUAUAGCGAAAUUUUGUUCUGGCACGUUAAAACAUCCUUUUGCAUUUAAAUCAGUAUACAAUCAUGGAAGUUCUGAAAAUCCAGAAGGUACAACGUUUCAAAAUGAAUGGGUGACGGUGGACUAUAUUUUCUACAGCGGAAAGAAACAAGAAAACGUAAUAGAAGACCAUAAGUUAAUAUUGUUAUCUCGAUAUAGGUUACCACUAAGAAGUGAACUGGGAAAUAUGAAAAUACCAAACAGUUUAAUGGGUUCGGACCAUUUGUGUUUAGUAGGAAAGUUUAGGUUAAGACUUUGAUAUUCUCGAAUGUUUUUUUGUUGCUAUUUCAAACUCUGUGAUAACUUAACCUUAAAAUGUUCAUAUGUUGUAUAUUAACAAAGCAAGUUAAUUGGUACCUUAUCCUGUGGUUUUGAUAACUAUUGUAACAGGCGUAAAAUAGAUUCUUUUUAAACCUUU